UAUAUACUUACAUUUCUCGGUAAAUUGACAGAAUUGUUAAAAUGGCUGAUAUAAAAGAAUCUCCGCCACUAUUUGAUACUAAUGAAACAAAAGUUGAUGAUUUAGAUGAUGAUGAUGAAGAUAUUUUUGCAUCAGCAGUACAGGAUCAAAGUCAAUUGGAAGAUUCACCUCCAUAUAACGGAGUAUCUACUAUUCAAACAGAGUUACCAAAAUUGAUUUUGCGAGAUGUACCAGAAGAAAAUUCAUUUUCAUCAGUAUCAAGUCCUGCACCAGGACCAUUAAGUUCACCAUUGGGACCAAUGAAUACUGAUAUAGGAGAUCUCCAUGAUGUUCCCAUAAAUGAUAAUAUAGAUAUAUUAUCAAAUGUUAUGCAAACUCAAUCAACUGAUAUGGUAUCAACAGAUUCUUCCGAUGUUUUUUUAAAAAUUACAGUUACUUCUCCUCAAAAAAUAGGAGAUGGAAUGGGUGCUUAUGUUGCUUAUAAAGUUGAAACAAAAACAAAUAUGCCAAUAUUUAGAAAAAGAAAUUUUAGUGUUAUUAGACGUUUUAGUGAUUUUCUUGGUCUCCAUGACAAAUUAACAGAUAAAUAUCUUAGAAAUGGCAGAAUAAUUCCACCUGCUCCAGAAAAAAGUGUCAUUGGAACAACCAAAAUUAAAAUGUCUGGUGAUAAGAAUCAGGAACAAAAUUCUAGUUCUACAGAAUUUAUUGAAAAACGCAGAGCAGCACUUGAAAGAUAUUUGAAUAGAACUGCAGCUCAUCCAGUACUUAGUGUUGAUCCUGAUUUUAGAGAAUUUUUAGAAGCUGAUAUGGAAUUACCUAAAGCUACUAAUACAUCUGCACUUAGUGGUAAAGGCGUAAUGAGGCUUUUUAACAAAGUUGGAGAAACUGUUAAUAAGAUAACAUAUAAAAUGGAUGAAACUGAUAAAUGGUUUGAAGAAAAGACAUCACAAAUUGAUUCUCUCGAUGUUCAACUACGUGCAUUACAUUCUGCUGUAGAUACUUUAACUAAUCAGAGAAGAGAAUUAGCAACAUGUACUGGUGCAACAGCAAGAUCUAUCGCAGUUCUUGGUCAUGGUGAACCAGGAGCAUCUUUGGGAAGGGCAUUAGCUCAACUAGCUGAAACUUUAGAAAAAGUAGAAGUAAUCAGAAGAGCACAAAGUAACAGUGAUCUUUAUCAAUUUGGAGAGAUGUUAAGAGAUUAUGUUGCACUCAUUGGAGCAAUAAAGGAUGUAUUUCAUGAAAGAGUAAAAGUUUUUCAAAAUUGGCAACAUGCUCAAAUGAUGCUAAAUAAGAAACGAGAACAAAAAGCAAGAUUAGAACAAUCUGGAAGAACUGACAAAACAAGUCAAGCUGCUACUGAAGUAAUAGAAUGGGAAGCAAAAGUUGAUAGAGGACAAGAAGAAUUUGAUAAUAUUUCAAAAAUGAUUAAAAAAGAACUCGAACGAUUUGAAUUAGUAAGAGUAGAAGACUUUAAAAAACAAUUAACAGAAUAUUUGGAAUCUAUGUUACAAUAUCAAAAUCAACUUAUUAAAUAUUGGGAAAGCUUUUUGCCAGAAGCACGAGCAGUUGCAUGAAUAUUUCCUAAUAAUAUUGAAAUCUUUUUUUAUCAUAAGAAAAAAAAAAAAUCUAUAAAUGAAAAAUUUCGUGCAAUUUUUAAAAUAAACUUCUAAUAAAUGAUAAAUAACGUUUUGUGGAAAACGUAUAU